AUACAGUUCACUGAGGACAGGACGACCAUGCUGGGUCUACUUUGUCUUUCAUUUGUAGUUGGUGCGCUUGGAGCCCCGUCAAGCUCCUGCCCGACGGCCUGCGAUACCGAGUACAAACCUGUGUGUGGAUCCAAUGGUGCCACAUACAACAACGCCUGUGAGCUGGGUAUCGCUUCUUGCCAGUCGCUGCUCCAAGGGCGUCCUCGCGUCUACGAGAGUUACAGUGGCAGGUGCAGCCCUCUGUUAGACGACCCGAUCCGUUGUGACAUGAUCUGUGAUGAUCAGGACGUGAAGACCCCCGUCUGUGCCUCGGACGGAGUCGUGUACGACAACAAGUGUCGCUUCAACCUGGCUUAUUGUGCUGCUUUCAAAAAUGGCCACCUCCUGUCCAUUGUGUCAAACAGCAAUACCUGCCCUGGCCCAAGAGAGCCUGACUGUGAAAACUAUGCCUUCAACACAAUGGACCCUCUGGGUAGCAAGCACCCAUGUUCCUCCACCGUCCAACGCAUCUGCACCACCGACGGUCCAUUCGACAACGAAUGCGAUUUCUGCAGCUUCCUUGACGGCAUGAUGGACCGAUGGCCGAAUUUCAAAGUUGCUGGUCACAAGAUUCAAUAUGAUGGAAGAUGCCAGGACUACUUCCCGGAUAUUCAAGUUGGUAAAUGAGCCAUCCAAACCAGCACUCCCACGUUACAAUAAAGAUGAAUAUAGUAAAGCACGGUUAUAACGAACUCAAGGGGACUACUAAUUAUAGUUCGUAAAUAACUGUAGUUCGUUAUAAGCAUAUAUACAGCAUAACUACAGCAAAUAGUCGGGACCAUAAAAGUAAGUUCGUUAUAUCCGUCAGUUCGUUAUAAGCGUGUUCGUUAUAACCGUAGUUUACUGUACAUAGCACACAUACGUUCGUGUCACAUUUACUGUAACAACGUCAAAUGUGAACAAUAACAACCACAUAUGAUAUUU